AGGAAUGUCUUCAUCCAGAAUGCCCCUUCAGAUCCUGCUAAUCUGCUGGUGCGCCCUGAAGUGCGGGCCCUGUCUCCGGCAUAUGCCAAACCCGAGAACCCAGCGGAGUACUCGUGGCGGUGUCUGGAGACAUAUGAGCCGGGUAAUGCCUUGAUGGAGCGCACCAACUGCAUGUGGGCCAUUCGCUUGUUGUCAGUGCUGUUUGGUCACUCUCAGGGCUCCACCAGAGAGCACUUUUUUCAAAAAGUACGAACAGUGACCCGCCUCGCUCUCUACAGGGACUUUCCUGAACCAGGAGAUUCCACCUAUGUAGGAACAGAAACCAUUUCAAUUACCCGUCGUUUGCCACACCCUUCGGGCAGCAGGUACCGCUUGGUGUUUGUCUUCAGCACCCCAGAAGACAGCUGGACACAUGCAUCCUUGUGUCGCCAACACUUCCCUGCUUUCACUGACAUGUUGCGCAAGAUGUUCGAGAGGGUGGUGAAUGGCCCCGGCUUCCGUGAUAUGCGGGAGGCUGAUGCAAAGAUGUACUUGGUCCUGUCCAUGCGAAACUUCAAUCGUGGACACCCUCUGGUCCCGCAAAGAGAUCCUUCUUCGGAUGAAUCUAUCGAUGUUUCGGCUGGCGAACACAUUGGCUUGGUGUCUUGGACCCGUUUCAAGUCUGAUGAGAAUUUCCCCUUGAGUGAGUACAUGCGGGUCUUCAUGGAGCGACUGGGGUACCAGUUGAAGAUCUUUGGGGUCAUGGAUGGUCGCAAGCUUGUCCCCUACCAGUGUGCCGUUGUGCGGCAGGAGUGGGAUGAGUUGAAGACAGCUUUCUAUCAGGCUUUCAAGGUGCAGAAAGCCGCCUACCGCCAUGGCAAUGGAGGAAGCAAGAGCCCCAGCUUGACUGAAGAUGCUUCCCCCCGUUUCUUGCCUGGUGUCCAUCAGGGUGAGCUGCAAGCUCCACCAAAGCUCUUCAACACCACGGUGCGCAAGACAUUUGUUGAGCUCGAGGAGGAAAGGCCGAAGCGGUCCACGCAUUUGAAGCGGAGCCUCUCCACAGGGGAAGUGAUGACGUGCUUUGUGUAGAGCUUAAUUUGGCUACUGCUCUGCCAGUAGAACAUUUUGUUUGGCCGAUUGUGGGGAAUUUUUUGAG